AUGGAUGGCAGGCAGCUGGCUUCGAAGCUGGCAGCGUAUACAGGGGCCUGCGAAAUACUGCGGGCCUUCGUGAUGGCUGGGGUGUCUUGGAUCAGAAGGAUGGCAGCACCUAUGCCGGGCAGUGGGUGUCAGGCAAGCGGCAUGGAGUGGGCACGCUUGUGUUCGAUGGCGGAAUUUUCGAGGGACAGUGGGCCAGGGGGGAUGCAUCUGGAACUGGACUCGUUCGUUUCACGAACGGUGACAAAUUUGAAGGCCAGUAUGCCGGGAAUCGAAAGCACGGAUUUGGUGCGUACACCUGGGCUGAUGGCGCUGUUGAGGAGGGCCAGUAUUUCAAUGGACGGAAGACUGAUUGGCAUUCUUGGCGUCAAGGUCCUUCACAUUGGAAGCUGCGCUACGACGACGGAGCAGUAG